CAGCAAUGACUUCUAUGUGAACCUCUCCAGUUUCUCAAAGGACUUGCUUUGGGAGAACGUCAGACACCUGAACCUGGCGAUGGAGAUGCCGAGUCUGAAGACAGACCAAUGCUGUGAGAAGUUCAAAGUCAGCAAGAUCCCUGCCCUGAGGGAGAAGCUGGACGAGGUUUUAGAGCUUAUUUUGCGGGAUAUGUCCAAUCUGGAGCAAGAACUCCUCGCUAUAGAAGCCAAGGUGCAAGAGCUGGAACGUGAUAAAAAAGAACGGAAGAUAUACAUGGACAACUGUGCCAUUGUCUUCCACGUCCAAGACUUUGAGAGGGGAAUUAGGAACGACACAAUGGUCCUCCAGGCUUUCUUAGAAGAACUGAGAUCCAAAUCAAAAGCUCUUACCAAGGCGAGAUCGGAGGUGGUGGCCAGACAUGCCUGCAUUUGCUGGGAGGUGCAAGCUGUACUCUUGUCGUCCAGAGAGACACCACAACAACAGCAUCAGGAGCAGGAGAUGCCGAACGGUAUGGGAGCAGAGGCAUCAAGCGCUCAUGAACUGGAAGAAGAAGAAGCAAAGAAGCUUGAGCAUAACCUGAGCACAGUAGAGCAAGACAUGACGGCCCAGUUAGAUGAUGCAGCAGCCGCGCUGGAGAAGGAAGAACUGGAUCCACUCACAGCUCCAAAUGCUAACAGCCAUGCAGACCAAAAGGCGGCUUUUUAACCAAAGAAACAGAAGGGACGGGGAGGUGAUUUUUUACUCAAAGGAGUUCAACUCAUCAGUUGGCUAUAUUCUUUUUAAAAAUCCGUCGAGGUUUUCUAUUUAGUGUUUUUGCAACCCAUAAUAAAUGUUGUUAU